UGCAUCAACGAAAUUAUUGAUAUAUAAGGCAAAUCUAAAAUAUGUCCGCUCUUUUUGUUGGUGUGAACAGYGUUUUAAAAGGGUUUCAUGCCACUCAAGCUGUGCUUGAAGUGGGCAAAGAAUAUAUUCUGACGAAAAUGAAUUCCGUGCAUGAUGAGAAUGCAUUUUUUGUUUUAAGUAAGGAUGGGACUAUCCAAGCAUCUAUGCCAAGAGAGCUGGCGAGACUUAUUGCUCCAUUUAAAGUUCGGGGGCAAGUGUUGUGCAUCGUGUGUUCCCCCACAGCCGGCCUCAGAGAAUCAAACAAAGGUUUAUUUGAAGUGGGAGGUGGCAUUGUCAUGCCUUGCAUUUACUGCAUACAAUGCAAAAGCGAAAACGUUGCCCGGACUCUUGCAGGAAUUAUCCCGAAUAGUCAUCUGCGCAAACUAAAGG